AGCCGGCGCGUCCUGAUGGAGCGCGGCAGCGGUUGCGGGGCGGGAGCCGGGACGGAGGGGGCUGCGCGGGGCCUCCCGCUCCUCGGGAAGAUGGCCGACCCGUGUGCGGUGCGGACCUCGCCGCCCAACCACCGGCCUUCGGGCAUGGAUGGAUUUUUAAAAUCUGAUGAGAGACAAAGGCUAGCUAAAGAAAGACGAGAAGAAAGAGAAAAAUGUCUUGCUGCCCGGGAGCAGCAGAUCCUGGAGAAACAGAAAAGAGCCAAGCUGCAGUACGAAAAGCAGAUAGAGGAGCGAUGGCGGAAACUGGAAGAGCAGCGGCAGCGGGAGGACCAGAAGAGGGCUGCCGUGGAGGAGAAGAGGAAGCAGAAGCUCCGGGAGGAGGAGGAGCGGCUAGAGGCAAUGAUGCGCCGGUCCCUGGAGCGCGCACAGCAGCUGGAGCUGAAGAAGAAGUGCUCAUGGGGAGCAUCGCUGGCCACAGCGACCGGAGGACGUGAGGGUGAAUCAGAAAAUACCCCACCCCCUCCUCUAGGUUUAGCAGCCAGCACCCUCCCUCCGGACCCAGGGACCACUGCCACUGCUGCCGAGUCCACCAACGCAUGUGACAAACUUUCAACAUCAGCCAUGAAUUUGCCAAAGCAGACGGAGCCUCCCAUGAGUAAGCGCCUGUCUUCAUCCACCGUGGCAAUAUCCUAUUCCCCAGAUCGAGCUCAUCGCACGCACCUUAGUCCCAUGGAAACCUUUCUUGUUAUGCGACUGUUGACACCCACACAGGCUUCUUUAGCCAGACGCAGAAGUGCACUCAUGUUCUCUGAGCAGGCCAGUGACUCAGUAUCCUAUGCCUGUCCUCGUAUAGCUCCUGCUGGCCCUCUGAAAUCUACCUAUAAAUCCUCUCCCACUCGGAACACUGAGAGGAAGAAGACUACAUCUACGUCUGGUGUAGGAGAUGCUGGCAAAGGAGCCCCUGCAGGAGCCGAGGCCUCUCCGACGGAGAAGAUGAAGAGGGGGCCACGAACAACAACUUCCAUUCCCAGUGUGGGCCUCGGGUCCCCUCUGAGAAGAUGCGACUUUCCAGGAGGCAUUUCUAAGAGGUCGUCUUCUCCCGUGACAUCCAAAGCAACUUCAAAAGCGUAUCCACAGUCUCCAAAGCAUGUGAAGCAGCCGUACCCAGGGUCUCCUGUGAAAUACCGCUCGCCUGCCCUUCCCAGCCAGGAAACACCCAAGAAGAAAGCUGAGAAAGAGAAGAGCAACAAGGAAAGGGAAGGUGCCCUGGCUCAGCAGGCAGCCGCCGCACACGGGGAGGAAGUCCCGGAGAAGCACGUGGCGGACAGGCAUGCCACGGAGAAGCAUGAGAAGCACGCAGCCGCAGGAGGGAGGGCCGAGAGCAGCGGAGGCUCAGGAAAGCCCACAGCAGGCACCACCGAUGCAGGAGAGGCCGCGAAAAUCCUUGCUGAGAAGAGACGACAGGCCCGGCUGCAGAAGGAACAGGAAGAGCAGGAACGGCUGGAGAAGGAAGAACAAGAAAGGCUGGAGAGAGAGGAAUUGAAAAGGAAGGCAGAGGAAGAAAGACUUCGCCUAGAAGAGGAAGCCCGUAAGCAAGAAGAGGAAAAGAAGCGGCAGGAGGAGGAAGAGAAAAGAAAGGCAGAAGAGGAGGCCAAGCGGAAGGCCAAGGAGGAGCUGUUGUUGAAAGAAGAGCAAGAAAAGGAAAAACAAGAAAAAGAAAAGCAAGAAAAAGCCAUGAUUGAAAAGCAGAAGGAAGAAGCAGAAGCAAAGGCCCAGGAGGCAGCUAAACAGAUGCGUCUAGAAAGAGAACAGAUCAUGCUGCAGAUUGAGCAGGAGCGUCUUGAGAGAAAGAAGAGAAUAGAUGAAAUUAUGAAGAGAACAAGGAAGAGUGAUGUGUCUCCAGAAGUGAAGAAAGAAGACCCAAAAGUGGAGCUGCAGCCUGCUGUGUAUGUGGAAAAUAAGAUAAAACCAGUUGUCCCCAACAAAAUAGAAAUCAAUGGAUUGAACACCUGCCAGGAAGUAAAUGGUGUGGGGCGCACUGCCCCGGAAACUUCUCCCCGAGACAUUUUCUCCAAUGGGCUUAAACCAGUUGGGGGACUUGUUCAUCUGGAUGCCCUUGAUGGGAAGUCGAACAGUCUGGAUGAUUCCACUGAAGACGUUCAGUCUAUGGAUGUGAGUCCUGUUUCAAAAGAAGAGCUUAUCUCUAUCCCAGAAUUUUCACCAGUGAGUGAAAUGAUUCCUGGGGUGUCUCUGGACCAAAACGGAACUGGUAAUGCCCGAGCACUUCAAGAUCUCUUAGAUUUCACCGGCCCCCCCAUGUUCCCCAAGAGAUCCAGUGAGAAUCUCAGCCUGGAUGACUGUAACAAAAACCUGAUUGAAGGAUUUAACAGUCCUGGCCAAGAAAACACUCUGAACACCUUCUGUUGACAAAUACAACAUCUCUUUAAUGAAAGGUGGUGUUUGGAGAACAUGUGAAGAUGCUGGUAGUCAAAUCCCAGCAACCGGCCAUCUGAAGAAGCUUCUGUUGUCCUUAACCACUGGAUUCCAAAUUAUUAGGUUGAAAUGUAGCUGUAUUCCUAGUUAAUAUGUCAUACACUGGCCACUCUUGGGAGAACCUUGAGAUGUUGGCCUUGUCGGGCUUGAGCGAAGUUUCAUGUUCCGGUUCUAUUUAUGAGCUUCAGCUGCUGAUACAGUGCUUCCUGAACUACUCUGUGAUCAUAGUGAUCCUCCGAAUAACCCCAGUGAUGCCGGCUUGGAAAUUCACCUUAUAACACUUCUUCUUCCCAGAGUUGGAGCACAUAAACAUUUAGAUGUCUUUUCCUGUAAAUAUUCUAGACAUUUACCCAGACUCUACUUAAAUGUAUACUGAACUUGGGCUGCUUAUCUCCCUGUCUAUGUUUAGAAGAAGAAAUUCAGGAGGGUUCCCCCCACCUCCGGGUUUCUUUGUUGGAAGUUACUAUCACGAAGCUGUUUUUUAUUGUUAAGCUUAGCCACCUGCAAAAUGCAUUGCUCCACAUUACUCCUUGGGGGUCUAGAGGAAUAAGUCUGGUUGAGUAAGGAAGCCAUUAAACAGUGUGGAAUGAUUUCUGUUCCCUUAUGCAUAUUCUUAUAGACAUGGCACCUGAAUCUAGCAAGGACCUUUUCAUGUUGCACCUUAAAAUCUUUAAGCUAUAGACACUCCAAACCAUCAGGUGGCUUUUGGACUGAAUGAAUUGUGUGUCUCAUGCACAGGUGGUUGGUGUUCAUGUUGUUGCUGUUGUUUUUCUCUUGGAUCUUGGAGCUUUUCUUUGUUUGUUUGCUCCUGUGUUUGCUCACCUCUAAUAAAACCAGGCACAAAUGAAAAUCAUAGUGCUCUGAAACAAGGGGGCCCUGAACUGGACCCAGUAUGUCACGUGAACAUAAAAACAUCUGAACGGGGGACAAAUGAUGCUAGAAUGUAUACUCCAUGCAUUUUAUGCCAUCUAAUAAUCUGUUUUCUUAAUUUUGUUUCUUGUGGUGAAAUGUGACUUUCCGAUUAAAACGACCUUUUCUUCUUUGACACUUUUUUUUUGAGUUGUACAAUAAAGAGUUUGGAAAGAUUCAUAAUUCUGACUGAGAUUUGCAACCAGGAAAUAUAAAGAAGUCUCAACAGUAAUCUUGUUCAUGUGCUUCUAACACCAGUUUAAGACUUUAUUAGUUAUGGAAACUGUGUAUGAUUGUGUAUGUGUAUAUACUAAAUAAAACACAUGCCUCCAAUUAUGCAGUGCCAUUGAUCUUGAAUAUCGAGGGGAAUCCCUUCUAUGACCAGCACACAGAAAAUGAUAGCAUGGUCUGUCUUUCAAAAAAUGCCUUGCCAUCUUUCUUACAGCUUUAUUUUGCUAAAUGUCUGUUUUGUUGUGAUCUGUUGUACCUCACAGCACCAUUGUGACUGUGGUGAUGCCUCAUUUGCAUGAUGUGUAUGUUGUGUUCAAUGUGAAAUACAUUUUCAUUGAGGAGUC